AUGUCGGCAGACAAUUUAUUUACACUAUUGGAGACUAUUCCUUCAGAUGGCGAGUCAGAGGAGCCGAGUAGUGACGAAGAUGAGACAAUGCACGAUGACAAUUUGUUUGACAUAUCGAAUUUGCCAAUAAUAUUUGUAGACGACCAGCCAGACCAGCUUCCAAGAGCCGACAAUACAGAGAAUAUUACUGAUGACGAGGAAGAUUAUAUUCCCCUUUCUCUUUUGAGAGAUAGGGAACUAGCCAAAAAGACAAUCUGGACCAAGUCAGCGGAGUAUUGCAUUACCAAUAUCAAGGAGUUUACGGAGGAAACUGGUCCUAAAGUUCCAGAUGGUCUGGAGAGGCCAGUUGAUUUUUUUUUACACUUGUUUCCCAAAACUUUAAUUGACAAAAUCGUGUUUGAAACGAAUCUAUAUGCCUUACAAAAACGUGGUGGAGACUCUACAUUUACACCAUCUUCUGCCAAAGAGAUCGAAAUUUUCAUUGGAAUAAAUAUCUUGAUGGGAAUUAAAAAGUUGCCCAGUUAUUGUGAUUACUGGUCGUCUAGGGAACAACUACGAGAUCACUACAUAGGUUCAGCAAUGUCUAGAGAUAGGUUUGCUUGGCUUCUGGGAAAUGUGCAUUUAGCAGACAAUUCAGUGAUGCCUGCUCGUGACUCACCAAACUAUGACAAGUUGUACAAAGGUCGCAGUUUUCUCAAACAAUUUAUGCCCCUAAAACCCAUCAAACGAGGGUAUAAAGUCUGGGUUCGAUCUGACGAGAAUGGAUACGUCUGCCAGUUUCAGAUAUAUGUUGGAAAAAUUAAUUAUCAACCUGAAAAAGACUUGGGCCAAAGGGUUAUUUUAGAUUUGACGGGAACUUUUUCAACUCUGUGCCAUUACAGAAGACACUUAAAGCAGAAUUUACUUAUGCAUGCGGCACAGUCAGGGCUAAGCGAAAAGAUGUCCCAAAUGACUUACAAUCUGACAAAGAAUUACAGACCCGAGGACAAUCUGACUGGAGGGUUAGCAAAGAUGGACUGGCAUUUAUAA